CACUCAGACCUCCUUUUCUUCCCCACACGUCCCUUUGCUUUUCCCGGCCACCCACCCACACACACACACACACACACUCACUCACUUUUCUCUCUCUUUCCUUCCCCUUAAAUCGCCCCUUCAAACCCCCACGCUUCAACCUCACACUCUUCACAUUUCCCUUCACACUACUCUUCUUCCUCAGAAGCCCCCAUUCAUCUCUCUGCAACUUCAGCUUCAUCAAUGGAGGAGUAUUACUACAGGAGGAGCCAGGUGCCGGCGUUUGGAAGCUGGGACUGGAACGAUAACCUUCCGUUUACGCAGUGCUUUGAGUCUGCCACGCAAGCUGGCUUCUUUCGCUGCGCCUUCUCCGAUCACUCCGAUGAUCAGGAUCGUGAUCUUUAUGUCACCGGCGACUUGUACCAGAACGACGUCGUCACUCCCGCCAUGAUCGUCGUUCCUCGCAAAAGAAAGACAAAGGUACGUGGGAAAGGAGGAGCAGCUGCAGAAGAAGAUAGAGAAAAAGAGGAGCAGAAAUAUUAUUGGGAGAGUGAGCAUGAAGGAGAAGAAGCCCUAUUUAUGUUAAUAAUAAUAAUGUUUCAAGGCCAACCCCUAAGCCUGUGGAUGAAGACUUGUACACAAUCUCCCCUGAAUUGCUUUACCAAAAACAUACAAAGAAGAGAGGGCUGAGCUUCUUUUCCAGUUGUUUGCUGCCAACUUGCAUUGCCUGAAACUUCACAUGGAAACAGCUGAGAAGCCAUUAAUGAUUUGUACAUAAAGCAGAAAGAGAGGACAUAGCCACAGAUGACGAUGAUGAUCAAUGAGGAUAAUGUUACACUUUGUUUAAGAAUGAGAGACUUAAUUAUAUAUCUAUAGAUCAUUAAUUUAAAUCACUUCUCUCUAAUGGAUCUUAGUUAAUUCUUCUAUUUAGGGGUUUGGUUCAGAAUUUUGAGUAUUUUGAAAAUGUAAUUGUUGGGGUAAGGAUUGUAAUUUGGUGUGUGCAUGUGAAAAGCAGUGUAAAGAGAAGUGAAACAAAGUAAAAUGGUUCAUCUUUGUGAUCU